UAAAUCCGCGGAGGGCGCUCCGGUAGCGAUUGGAGUCCAGCUGUUGAUAGAAGUCGGUGCACAUGUUAGUUGGAUAUUCGCCAUUGUGAGGACGGUCGGCGCGUGUGAAGGGUUUUGUCGCAAACUCCUUAACACCCAUGAAGGAUUCGACAAAUUCGGCAGAAUCAUGGAUGUCUGGUGUCAAAUUAGGAAUCGUCAGAUUAGGCAGAGCUGCGGGAAAGAUGAAAUACACGCUACUGGACGAAAGGGACAUAUCGUUGGUGCAGGAGUUUGCGUUUGAGGCAAGGGUAGAGGUAGAUAGAGACGGUAAUGGUGCAACAAUAUUUGCAUAUGCAUACGAUGUUACGCGAGGCAGAAAUGCUGGGCAGUUUGUUCACGAGUUAUUAUGGGAAAGACAUUAUGGUGGUAUUGCUCCUGGUUUUAGAGUGAUACAUAAAAACGGUAUUAGUAUGGAUAAUCGUUUGGAAAAUCUAAUUUUAGUGCCAUUAGGUAUAAAAGCACACUUUUUUCUCGAACCUCAUGUGAAACAACGUGAACAAUCUUUAUAUUGGGCAGCCAUUCAACAGCUACCUCCAGAUCAUCUUGUAGAAGAGCAUUUUCCAGAUACAACAAACACAAAAUGUUUCAAUGCCAAUGGAGAAUUAAUUGAAGAAGAAGAAGAGCCAGCCUGUUAUUACGAGUGCCAUUAUCCUCCGUGUACAAAUUUGGAACAAGAGCCCAGAGAAUUUAGCAUCUGUGGCAGAUGCCAACAAGCCCGUUACUGCGGUUCCAAUUGCCAGCAACGUGACUGGCCCGUUCACAAGAAAUUCUGCCGGGAAAAGCACAGACCGAUUCUCAGGGAGAGGCCACCGGAACGGUGAAUCGAACAAAAUGUUCAAAGGACAGUAACAACUUUAAAAGAACACAAAGGCAGAGUUUGAUUUCUAAUUGUCUCACUCCCAACUGAAAAUAUUGUACUAAAUGGCGUGAAGAGGCAAUUGACCACAUAACAAGACACACAUUAUUUACAAGAAGCAACGUUCGCCAGAAGGCACUCCAGUUUUCCCCCCGAAAGUGGUGCCGCAGCCGUCUGGAGCGACCGCUGCUGAGCGGAUCCGUGCGGGCAAGAGCGAGAACCGAUCCCCGCUACUCCGCCCGAAUCCUACUCCCUGCCGUUUCGGUUCUGGUGAGAGUGAUACAACUAGGACGAGGAAAAAAAUCUCGCCACAGUCCACCGAUAAGUUAUUUAUUGCAAUCUUAGUUCUGUGGCGUGUCUACUGCCCACGAUCCCGGUCCACCAGCGAUAUGUUUAAAAAAGGAAAGAAAAACCAUGUAAAUUUUGUUGUAAGUGUGAGAGAACUAACCGUUCAACUUUGCCAUUUUAUAUGUAGCUGAAUCGUUGUGAUAAUUUAAGAAAAAAGAAAAAAUCAUCUAAUAUAUCUACAUUUUUGCUCAUUAUACUGCACUAGUUUUCAACCAAUGUUCCUGAGUGGCACCAAAAUCUUUGUAAAGAUGAUAUAUAUCAUAUAUUAUAUAUAUAUUAUUCUUAACUUUUUUAAAUUUUAAGAAAAAAACAACAAAAAAAAAACUUUAACUUUCUCCAUACUUUAACCAAUCAAAUAUAUUUAAAAAA